AUGGCACCAACCGUUGAAAUAGCCAUUCCAAAUACCACCAUUUCAUCCUCUUCUCCGCCAUAUACUAUCUAUCACAUCUCCCUCCGGCUUCCGCUCCGCUCCUUCACCGUCCCCAAGCGCUACUCGGACUUCACAACCUUCCACAAGAAUCUCCUCUCUCAAACAAACACCCCUCCGCCAGUGCCCCUACCUUCCAAAACUUGGUUCUCAAACACUAUCUCGAAUGAGCGUUUGCGCGAAGACCGACGCUGCAGCUUGGAACAAUAUCUCCGCGCAAUCAACGAAUCCGACGAUGGCCGCUGGCGCACCUCGCCCGCGUGGCGUGCAUUCCUGAAUCUCCCCACAGCAGUCGGCUCGAAUAGCAACGGAUCAGCGAAUACAUCUGCGCGACUCCAUGCAGCCAUCACAGACCCAGGCGCUACGAACGCACCGAUCACGGAUCCGACAUUAUGGCUUGACUACUACCGUGACAUGAAGGGUCAUCUCCACGAUGCACGACUGCAGUUGUCUCGCAGAGACCAAGAAACCACACCGCAGAAGCAACAUGAAAGCUCAGCACAGGCGAAGAGUUGUCUUGUCCGUUCGGGAACCAUGAUCACUGCACUGGACGAGGGUCUCAAGAACAUAGGAAGCGGUGAUAAGUCUUCGUCGACAUUAGGCGGCGGCGAGAUUCGGCGACGGAAAGAUCUUCUUAUCAAUGCGCGCAAGGAGAAAGACGGCCUGGAGGAUCUACUACAUGCUAUGGCGACGAAGAGCAAACUUGAUCAUGCGGUGGCAUCCAUUCAGGACAAGGAAGCUUUAAUGAGUACUGGUAAUGUGAGUGGGGAUUCAGCAAGCAGUGGGCGUAGGACGCCAGCCCGGACCGGCAGAGUUCUUGGAAAGGAGACGGAGCGGACUCGUGAACUUGAUAAUGAGGGCGUGCUACAACUUCAGCAGCAGAUGAUGCAGAGCCAAGAUGCUAAUGUCGAUGAAUUGAUGAAGAUCAUUAUUCGACAGAGGGAGCUGGGUACUCAGAUCAAUGAGGAGCUCGAGGUGCAGAAUGAGCUACUAAAGUUGGCAGAUGAGGAGGCUGACAUCUUGAAAUCCAAGAUCGAUGUUGGGAAGAAGAGGAUCGGAAAAAUAUCUUGA